AUGACUCAGGUUACGCCUGCAAUGUUGAGUGCCCGUGCUUCAUCGCUCAGUUUGUGCCAGCAAGCACUGCAGUCGUCAGUUAUGCUCAACAAUAACAAUGCGCCCGCGCCUGGAUCGGUCGAGAACAAGGGAAGCUCCAAGGGUUUUAUCAUUUCUGAUAUGAAGGGCCGCGAUACAAGAGAUAACCGCGCCUGCGCAUCUUGUAUCUCCAAGCUUGCGCCUGAAGAGGUCGGUCAGGUCAAUUGGCACCUGGAGGCUGGUCAGGCUUGUCGCCUGUGCCAAGUUGAGAAGCUUGAGCCCGAGGCAUUCACCAAACCUUUCUGCGACUUCCUUCAAGAGAACCCCACCAUUUUCCACACCGUCGACUACUUUGAGAAGAAGCUGAAGGCGCUUGGUUACGAGCAUCUCUCUCCGCGUGACAGUUGGGCGGGUAAGAUCCAACCGGGUGGAAAGUAUUGGGUUACACGAAACGGCAGCUCUCUCAUCGCUUUCAAGGUUGGGAAGGCGUAUCAACCUGGCAAUGGUGUUGCUAUGAUUGGCGGUCACAUUGACGCCCUCACCGCUAAGCUCAAGCCUGUCAGCACAAAGCCUGUCAAGGCUGGAUUUAUUCAGCUGGGCGUUGCGCCUUACGCUGGAGCCCUCAACGCCACAUGGUGGGACCGCGAUCUCAGCAUUGGUGGCAGAGUUGUUGUCAGGGAUGAAGAGUCUGGCAAGACCACUACCAAGCUUGUCAAGCUGGACUGGCCUAUCGCCAGAAUUCCCACCCUUGCACCUCACUUUGGAGUUGGUAUGAUGGGAGAGAAUAACAAGGAGACCCAAGCAGUUCCUAUCAUUGGUCUCGAGAGUUCUCAGCCUGCUGCUGCUGAAGCUCUGGGACCUACUGGUUCUUUCGUCAACACCCAACCCCCAGGACUGGUUGAGCUUAUUGCCAGUGAGCUCAAUAUUCAGUCCUACAGUUCAAUCAUCAACUGGGAGCUUGAACUUUAUGACUCUCAGCCAGCGGUGACAGGUGGUAUCAGAAGAGAUAUGAUCUUCGCUGGACGAAUCGAUGAUAAAUUAUGCUCAUGGUCAGCCCUCACUGCCCUCCUUGCCUCCAAUGACAACAGUGACGACGGUGUCAUUAAGCUUGUUGCUCUCUUUGAUGAUGAAGAGAUUGGCUCUCUCCUUCGUCAGGGGGCGCGGGGUAACUUUCUCCCCUCUGUCAUCGAGCGCACUGUUGAAGCUCUCAACCCCAACAAAUUUGGACCAGAACUUGUAGGAAGAACCUAUUCCUCCUCAUUCUUCUGCUCCUCAGACGUAACUCAUUCUGGAAACCCUAACUUCCUCGAGAAAUAUCUCGGAGAGCAUGUUCCCGAGCUAAAUGUUGGUGUGGUCAUCGCCAACGACUCGAAUGGCCAUAUGACCACAGACAGCAUCUCGACUGCAAUCAUGCAGCGUGCAGGCGAACUAGGCGGCUGCCGAACUCAGACCUUCCAGAUUCGAAACGACAGUCGCAGUGGUGGUACUAUUGGGCCUGCCCUGUCGAGUAUGAUGGGUGUCCGAGCCGCCGACGUUGGACUUCCCCAGCUCAGCAUGCACUCUAUCCGCGCGACUACUGGCUCACUAGACCCUGGUCUGGGCGUCAAGUUCUUCAAGAGCUUCCUUGACAACUGGGAGAAGAUUGAUGCGGAGUGGCACUAG